CAAGAGCCCAUCAGAAAACAACAACUGAGCCCAGUUGUUGGGAUACCAUCUUCUCUUUGGAGAGCACUGAGUUCCAGCUGCUGCCAAAGACCUCUCAGUAUGGCAGCAAGGGCAUAUAGAGGACAUGGAAUGAGGAGGCUCCAGUGAAAUGUUGAUAGCUCCCUCCGUAUACACACUAACCAAAGGAGUAAGAAACUCUUGAACUGUUGGAUCCCCUUAAGUGAAGUGGGCGACAUGGCUCAGGCGAGUCUCCUAGCCUGUGAGGGCCUUGCAGGUGUGAGUUUGGUCCCCACGGCAGCCAGCAAGAAGAUGAUGCUGAGCCAGAUUGCCAGCAAACAGGCAGAGAACGGGGAGCGAACGGGCAACCCAGAGGUGCUGAGGUGCUCAGGCCAGGGUCACCGAAAAGAUGGAGAAAAGUCAAGAAAUCGAAAAGAUGACAGUGCCGCAACUGAAGCUCCACCACCAAAAAAAGUUAAAAAGAUGGUGGUGGUGGAGCAGAAUGGCUCUUUUCAAGUAAAGAGCCAAAAAAACUUUAUUUGUGAGCAGUGUUUUGGAGCCUUUAGAAGUAGUUAUCACCUCAAGAGGCACAUCCUCAUUCACACAGGGGAGAAGCCCUUUGAAUGCGACGUGUGUGACAUGCGGUUCAUUCAGAAGUACCACCUGGAGCGCCACAAGCGUGUGCACAGCGGAGAGAAGCCCUACCAGUGUGAACGGUGUCAGCAGAGCUUUUCCCGGACAGAUCGUUUGCUCAGACACAAACGGAUGUGCCAAGGGUGUCACUCCAAAACCCUGGAUGGGCAGUUUUCCCUUUAGGCAUGGGGCCCAGGGUGGUGGGAAGGAUCAGAAGAGCUCACUGAAGAUGCUACCCCCUCUGGUUCUGAGGGUGCCACCACCUCCCACACCUCCACAUGCCUCUUCUUUCUUCUCUUCAUGGAGGAGGGGACCAGGAGAGUCAGAGACCUAACCGACAUCAGGGGACAGGGCAUCGGAGCCACAGCCCUGUAAAUAACCUGAGAUCCGGGGUGGCUGGAGGGCUUUCUCCAGCAGUUCCUGGGAGGGUCGACCAAUCUCUGAACCCUUGAUUAAGCCAUGGAAAGGGACUCAAGAUACAGGACCAAGACAGGACAGCGGAUCACACAGCCAUGAACUCCACAUGCGAGUGGAAACUGGGAAGGGGUGUGUG